AUGCUUCCGGUGGCAACAGGCAUGGCCCUCACUCUCUCUCCCCUUGCGCUCAAAGCCAGCAGACCCGCCGCACAGUACGUGCUAUGGUCGCGAAUCGACCAGAAGACAUGUCUCAAGUGUAUCCUCACUGCCAGACUCACUCCCCUGGUGGUGCCCCUGCGUCAGGAGGGGGACCAGCUGUGUACGGACCUUGCAGCCAUGGAAGGAGAGAUCCACAAUCGAGGGGCCGAGAGCAUCCUCUGCGUGCUCUCCACCACCUCCUGCUUCGCCCCCAGAGCCCCUGAUAACGUGGAAGCCAUUGCUCGACUCUGCCACCGUCUCUCCAUCCCCCACGUCAUCAACAACGCGUACGGCGUGCAGAGCACUGCUAUCAGCGCUGCCGUCACACGGGCGUGGAGGAGAGGGAGGGUGGACGCCGUGGUGCAGAGCACCGAUAAGAACUUCCUCGUUCCGGGAAGGGGAGCAAGCGCUGCUAUCAGCACUGCUAUCAGCGCUGCUAUCAGCACUGCCAUCACAUGGGCGUGGAGGGCGAGGCCGGUGGACGCGGUGGUGCAGAGCACCAAUAAGAACUUCCUGGUUCCGAUUGGGGGGGCUGUUGUUGCCGCUGGUCCUGGAAAGUCAACGCUGGUCAACGCAGUCAAUGCCUCGUACCCAGGUGGGUGCGGGAGAGGGGCUGCGGAGGAGAGGGCGGGUGAAUGCGGUGGUGCAGAGCACUGA